AUGGAGAACUACCAGAUUGGAGGUCCCGGAAUAGAGGUGGAGAUUGACGAAUCCAAGUUCGGUAAGCGAAAGUACCACCGAGGCCACAGAGUCGACGGUGUCUGGGUUUUCGGUGGUGUUGAAAGAACCCCAGAACGCAAGUGCUUCCUUGUUGCUGUACCAGACAGGAAGAAGCCUACUCUCGAAACACAUGUCAUGGAGUUCAUUCUCCCUGGUUCUAUCAUCGUUAGCGACAAGUUCCCCAGUUACGAGGAUCUAGAGGGAAAAGAAGACUUCUGGUAUCAGCAUGAAGUCGUGAAUCAUUCGGAGAAUUACGUGGAUCCCUUGACUGGUGCGUGCACUAACACCAUCGAGGGCACUUGGAAUGGUGUGAAGAAGCGUGUUCCGGCGAGGAAGAGAACAGAAGAAGGCGUCAGGCCCUGUCUGUUCGAGUUCAUGUGGCGCCGCAUGAACCAGGGACGUCUCUGGAGAGCACUCCUUGAAGCUCUGGCUGAAGUGCGAUACGUCUAG